AUGAAUACGUUAUCUAUUUGUUUAUGUUCGCUUUUUCAGUUUAUUACUUUCACCAGCACACUCGGUCCACCAAAAUUGGAUCCAGAAAACAGUAGUGAAAUAUGGUUUCAAGUGAACCCUAUCGGUGUUGCACGUGGUAAAUUUAUUCUUCCGUGCUAUGCUACUGGUAGUCCAGAAACAUAUGAGUGGUUUAAGGAUGGGAAAAGAUUGAAAGUUGAUGGUGAUCGAAUUGUAUGGGAGAAACAAUUCCAAAGUGGUACUAUAAUAAUUAAUGAUGCUCGAGAAAAUGAUCAAGGUUAUUAUCAGUGCCACGCUUCCAAUAUUUUUGGCACUGCUGUUUCCAACAAACUUCAUGUGCGAAUUGGAGAGCUUGAUCAUUUUACGCCGCGAGGUGUGCGUCGACUGAUAGUAGACGAAGGACGAAGUUUGAGCAUUCGAUGUGAUAUUCCUUAUGGAGUGCCAAAACCAUCUAUUUUCUGGCUCUAUCGCGAUGCACAACGAACAAAUAUUAUUGGAACUAUUCAACAUAAACAUAUCACUGUCGAUACCGAAGGUACCCUUCAUUUUACGGCAGUUGAAAAACAAGACGGUCAACCAAAUUUAAUUUAUCAAUGCGCAGCAACCUCUCCUAUAUUGCGUGGAGAAUAUCGUGCAGGCAACGAAUUCCAACUUAUUGUCAAUCCUGCUACAAGCGCAAAAAGUCAUUUUAUAGAAAGCAGUGGAAUGGCUAUACAUAAACUAUGGUUUAGUCCAGAAGAAGUAUCUGUCAAAGUAGGCACCAAACUCAAAUUAAUGUGCAUUUUCGGUGGAAGGCCUUUACCAAAUAUAACAUGGAGUAAAUUAAAUGGCGAAUUGCCGCUUACUCGGUUAAAAGAUUUUAAAUCACAAGAAGCUGAUUACGGUAAAGCUCUGAUCAUCGAAAAUGUUCGUUCGGAAGAUGCUGGAAUAUAUGAAUGUCGAUCACAACAUUUAUUCCAUCAAAUGCAUGUCACUACAACUGUAGCUCCAAUUUGGAUUGAUAAACCACCACAGGAUAUUGACGAACCAGAAGGAAGUGCUGCUGAAAUUCAUUGCGUAACAUCGGGCAUUCCAACUCCGAUCGUCCAAUGGUUCAUCAACGGUGUACCAUUACAUGAGUUGGCAGAAAAUGAUCGACGUAUGAUUUUAAAUAAUGGUCAGAUACUACGGAUUGUAAAUCUGGAUCAUGAUGUUGAUACAGCUGUAUAUCAAUGCAAUGCGUCGAAUCCGUUUGGUUAUGUCUUUGGAAAUGCUUUUGUGGAUGUGCGCGCUUAUGCGCCGUAUUUCAAAAUGCCAAGUCGUCGUAUCUGGAAUGUGGUACGUAAAUCAACUGUAGAGAUGUCAUGCGAGGUUGAUGCAGCACCAGAAGCAGUGGUGAAAUGGGUGGACGCUAAUGACCAUUCCAUUGCUGCUGUUGUCGGAAAAAUCUAUAUUUUUCCUAAUCACACAUUACGCAUAUCGCAAGUAAAUUCGGCUGACGAAGGUCUUUAUUAUUGCAAUGUGUCGAACAAGUACGGUAUCAAUCGAGCUGUCAAUCGCCUACAAGUCUUCAGUCCAACACAUUUUAUUCGUGUACCAACUCCAAAGAAAACAAUUCUGGAAGCCCACGAAUCACUGGAAUACGUAUGUGAAGCAGUUUGUGAUCCUCGACUUACAAUUGAAUACUCCUGGACUCAUAAUGGAAUACCAAUUAACGAUUCUGCUCAUUUUAAACUGUUAAACAAUUCUCUGUUAAUUGUUGAUGCCCGCGGUUUUCAUUCAGGAGCCAUUGAUUGUAUUGCUCUUACCGAUGUUGAUGUCAAAAUUUCAGGAAUUGAAUUGACUGUACUUGAUGUACCUGGUGCGCCAUUAGUAACAGAAAUAAAUUGCGACGAACGAAGAGCAUUGCUAAGAUGGCGUCGACCAGAUGAUCAUGGUGACCGGAUCAAACAGUUUCUGGUUCAAAUGCAUACUGAAUUUGAAGAAGGAUUGUGGCAAACUGUUGUGGAAGAAAAAAAUACUGAUGCUGAUUUUUACCAGGCGGAUAUUGUACUUUCACCGUGGGUGAAUUAUACCUUUCGAGUAAUAGCUCAAAAUUCGCACGGUGAAAGUGAGCCAGGCUUCAGAAGGGGGAAAAUGUGUUCCACGAGAGCUUACUAUCCAUAUAAAAAUCCAAAAGAUGUCCGAGCGGAAGGGAGUGAACCACAUAAUAUGAUUAUCGAAUGGAAGCCUAUGGAUAAAUAUGAUUGGAAUGGCCCAGGAUUACAGUACAUUGUCCGUUAUAAGCUUAACGAACCAGGUGAAACUUGGACAGAAAUACGAAUUGAAGAUCCUUUAGCUAAUCAUACAAUUGUCCGGGAGCAACCAACAUUCCGAGAAUAUUUGAUUCAAGUUGAAUCGUUGAAUAGUUUUGGUCGUGCGAUUGUGAAACCAAUAAGUGUCAAAGGAUAUUCGGGAGAAGAUAUGCCACUGUUGUCACCGGUUGAGUUCAGCGUUUCUGAAUUUAUAAAUUGUACUGCUGUUCUUCUUAUAUGGAAACAUGUGGAUCGAGAGUCUGUACGUGGUCAUUUCAAGGGUUAUCUGAUCGACUAUUGGGAAAAUGACAAGCCAUUUGCUAUAGUAAAUGUUGGGAUUGAAAAACAUAAGAACGAAACGAUUCUUUAUGGUUUAAAGCCGAUAACGAACUAUACGGCACGUAUUAGAACAGCGAACAGUCGAUACCUUAGUCAUCUGCCAACAACAAUCAAAUUUACAACUCCUGAAGGAAUACCAUCAAAAGUACAUAAUAUGAGGGUACGAGCGGUUGGAGCAAGAAGUUUAUACGUUACGUGGGAACCACCACGACAACCAAAUGGAUACAUCCGCGGCUAUUUCAUUACUUUUGAAAAUUCCUCAACAGGCGUAAAAGAUGAAACAUUUGUACUAAAUCGACAACUUUAUUAUUUAAAUGAGGAAGGUGAGCCAGAUACUGGAUAUAAGGUUUCUGUUUGGGCAGAAACGAAGGGUGGUGAAGGACCAAAAGUUAUGCGACCAGUACGAACUUGGCCACUUCGAGAACCGGAUAUACCAAAUUUCACUGUCGAAGCAAUUUCGCCUACUAUGGCGCGAGUGCAGUGGUUACCUUCGAAUGGUUCCGAAUGGGCUAUGCCAGGAUCUACUUUUCUCGUUAAUUAUUCCAUUGCCAAUAGUAAUGAUUGGAUAGAAAGUGAACAAAUAAGCUUACCUCGAACUGAAGUCCUGUUAAGUGGUCUGGAAGAAGGAACACGGUAUAAAAUGAUUGGUAUCGCUAAGGAAGGUCAAAGGCAAAGAACAUCUGAAGUAAUCAUAAUACAAAGUUUAAGUCGAGCUACGAUCACGCACAUCUCUCAUGAAAGUUUGCAAAGUGCAGCUUGGUUCGUCGCAGUAUUAAGUGCAAUAAUGCUAGCAUUAUUUAUCGCAGCAGUAAUGUGUUGCUGUGAACGACAACGAAGCAAUAAAUAUUCCACUAAACAGAAGGAGCUGCAACGAGGUGAUCAUAUCAAUGUUGAAGAGGAUCA